GAUUUACAGACAAGACCCAGAGAAGUCCAGAUUGGAGCAGAGCAUAAAUUUGGACACAACCAGCUACAAACUGCCAAAUUGCUCUUAGAAGGCUUCAGUCACAGCCCCUCCACGAAAGCAUCCAGAAGGAUUCCCAGCCAUGGGUGAGGUGACAGCAGAAGAAGUAGAGAAAUUCUUGGACUCACAUAUUGGCUUUGCCAAACAGUAUUAUAAUCUCCGAUACCGGGCCAAGGUCAUCUCAGACCUUCUGGGGGCCAAGGAAGCAGCUGUGGACUUCAGCAACUACCACUCCCUGAGCAGUGUGGAGGAGAGUGAAAUCAUCUUUGAUCUCCUGAGGGACUUCCAGGAGAAUUUGCAGGCUGAGAAGUCCGCCUUCAAUGUCAUGAAGAAACUCUCCUUUCUCCUGCGGGCAGACCGUAUGAGCCUGUUUAUGUACAGGGCCCGCAAUGGCACCGCAGAGCUAGCCACCCGGCUCUUCAAUGUACACAAGGAUGCUGUUCUUGAAGACUGUCUGGUGAUGCCUGACUCAGAAAUUGUCUUCCCUCUGGACAUGGGUGUCGUGGGCCAUGUCGCACAUUCUAAAAAGAUCGCCAAUGUUCUCAACACUGAAGAGGAUGACCAUUUCUGUGACUUUGUGGACAACCUCACUGACUACCAGACCAAAAACAUCUUGGCUUGCCCCAUAAUGAAUGGGAAGGAUGUGGUAGCUGUAAUCAUGGCUGUGAAUAAAGUAGAUGCGCCCCACUUCACAAAGGCUGAUGAAGAGGUUCUUCUCAAGUACCUCAAUUUUUUAAAUCUAAUCAUGAAGGUCUUCCAUCUGAGUUACCUGCACAACUGUGAAACUCGACGUGGCCAGAUACUAUUGUGGUCUGGGAGCAAAGUCUUUGAAGAGCUCACGGACAUUGAGAGACAGUUCCACAAAGCCCUGUACACAGUCCGCGCCUUCCUCAACUGUGACAGAUACUCCGUGGGUCUCUUAGACAUGACCAAGCAGAAGGAGUUUUUUGAUGUGUGGCCAGUUCUGAUGGGUGAGGCUCCUCCCUAUUCUGGUCCCAGGACUCCAGAUGGAAGGGAAAUCAACUUUUACAAGGUCAUUGACUACAUCCUGCAUGGCAAAGAAGACAUCAAAGUAAUUCCGAAUCCACCUCCUGACCACUGGGCUUUAGUAAGCGGCCUCCCCUCUUAUGUGGCCCAAAAUGGCCUGAUUUGCAAUAUCAUGAAUGCGCCUGCGGAGGACUUUUUCGAAUUUCAGAAAGAGCCUCUGGAUGAGUCUGGAUGGAUGAUUAAAAAUGUCCUUUCCAUGCCAAUUGUGAACAAGAAGGAAGAAAUUGUUGGGGUGGCCACGUUUUACAACCGUAAAGAUGGGAAGCCCUUUGAUGAAAUGGAUGAGACUCUCAUGGAGUCUUUGACUCAGUUUCUGGGCUGGUCCGUUUUAAAUCCUGACACCUAUGAGUCCAUGAACAAACUUGAAAAUAGGAAGGAUAUUUUCCAGGACAUUGUAAAAUAUCAUGUGAAGUGUGACAACGAAGAAAUUCAGAAAAUCCUGAAAACCAGAGAGGUGUAUGGCAAGGAGCCUUGGGAUUGUGAAGAAGAGGAGCUGGCUGAGAUUCUGCAAGAAGAGCUGCCUGAUGCAGAGAAAUAUGAAAUUAAUAAAUUCCACUUCAGUGAUUUGCCUCUCACAGAGCUGGAGCUGGUGAAAUGUGGUAUACAGAUGUAUUACGAGCUCCGAGUAGUAGAAAAAUUCCAUAUUCCACAGGAGGCCCUGGUGCGGUUCAUGUACUCCCUGAGCAAGGGCUACCGCAGGAUCACCUACCACAACUGGCGCCAUGGCUUCAACGUGGGGCAGACCAUGUUCUCCUUGCUGGUGACCGGAAAAUUGAAGCGAUACUUCACUGACCUGGAGGCCUUGGCCAUGGUCACUGCUGCCUUCUGUCAUGACAUUGACCACAGAGGCACCAACAACCUCUACCAGAUGAAAUCCCAAAAUCCACUGGCCAAACUCCAUGGAUCCUCCAUCUUGGAAAGACACCAUUUGGAAUUUGGCAAAACACUGCUGAGAGAUGAGAGCCUGAAUAUCUUUCAAAACCUCAAUCGCCGUCAGCAUGAGCAUGCAAUCCACAUGAUGGACAUUGCUAUCAUUGCCACUGACCUUGCUCUAUAUUUCAAGAAGAGAACCAUGUUCCAGAAGAUCGUGGACCAGUCAAAGACCUAUGAGAGUGAACAGGAAUGGACUCAGUACAUGAUGCUCGAGCAGACGCGGAAGGAAAUCGUUAUGGCCAUGAUGAUGACUGCCUGUGAUCUCUCAGCCAUCACCAAGCCCUGGGAGGUGCAGAGCAAGGUAGCUCUGCUGGUAGCUGCUGAAUUCUGGGAGCAAGGCGACCUGGAACGCACAGUGCUGCAGCAGAAUCCUAUUCCGAUGAUGGACAGAAACAAGGCAGAUGAGCUCCCUAAACUGCAAGUUGGCUUCAUUGACUUUGUCUGCACCUUUGUCUAUAAGGAAUUCUCCCGCUUCCAUGAGGAGAUCACCCCCAUGCUGGAUGGGAUCACCAACAACCGCAAGGAGUGGAAGGCACUGGCGGAUGAGUACGAGGCCAAGAUGAAGGCGCUGGAGGAGGAGAAGCAGAAGAAGCAGGGGGCCCAGCUAGCCACAUCUGGAGACCAGCCCAGCGGGAAUCCUGCGCCAGGGGGCGCUCCUGCAUCCAAGUCCUGCUGUGUCCAGUGA